AUGAAAGGUCUACCCCAGCAGGUGAGUAAUGACGACGAGCCCCCCAGUUAUCACGAGGCAACAGCAGGUUACGAGGAGAUGCAGGCCCAGUUCUCCUGGGAUGACAAGACCAUCAGGCGGACCUUCAUCAGGAAGGUCUAUGCCAUUCUCAUGGUGCAGCUGUUUGUGACUGUGGCUAUUGUUGGUCUCUUCACAUUUUGCACACCUGUGAGGUUUUUUAUUCAGACUCAUCCGAGCUUCUACAUGGCAUCUUAUCUCAUGUUCUUCAUCACCUACAUUGCAUUGUCCUGCUGUGGAGAUCUGAGGAGGCAGUUUCCCUGGAACAUCAUUCUGUUAGUUCUCUUUACUUUGAGCAUGGCCUGUAUGAUGGGAUUUGUGUCAAGUUUUUACAACACCAAAUCAGUGGUGCUGUGUCUGGGAAUCACAGGUCUGGUUUGUCUUUCUGUCACCAUUUUCAGCUUCCAGAGCAAGAUUGAUGUCACAUCCUACCAGGGUGUCUUGUUCUGUUUGUGUAUGGUCAUGCCUCUGUGCCAUUGCCAUCUCCAUUGUCAUCCCUUUUGGAUAUGUCCCCUGGUUACAUGCCAUUUAUGCUGUGACAGGAGCCAUCCUCUUUACUCUGGCAACAAGAACUACACCAUAAGUCCAGAGGAAUAUAUUUUUGCCACUCUCAGCAUCUACCUGGACAUUAUCUACCUGUUCAGUUUCCUACUACAGAUUGUGGGCGGAGACCGAGAGUGA